GGUGCGUUCGUUUUCAGGCCUUCUGGGCGGGUUUGGAGUGGUCUUGUUAUAGAUAGAAAUUGUAUAUAGACCUGGCAACCACAACAGCAGCUAGUCAGCCACCAUUGUUCAGACCUGGCAACCACAACAGCAGCUAGUCAGCCACCAUUGUUCAGCAGCUUUUUAACAAACAUAGCAGAAACAUUGGAGCCCUUUAGACACUAUCUGUGAUUAUUAGCCAUUUUGUUUUCAACACACUUUCAUCGUAUCUACCAGUUACCCCAUUUAAUAGCAUAUUUACGUUGUGGUUGUCAGUCAGCUAGCUGGAUGGUUACAUUACCACUAGGCUAGUCGCUAACGGUAACUAGCUAACGUUAGCUAGAUAACAUCUCCGACUAUGAGCUCCCUAAACUACUCCUUCCCUGCUAAAGAAGAGGAGAUCGGAUGGACGGAGACAGAAACUCCCGUGAAAGAGGAGAAGGAAGAGGAGGCUGUUACAGUAAAACAAGAAGUAGAGGGUGAAGCUGGUACAUUGAAAGAAGAAGAGAAAGAAGCUUUCGGAGUGAAAGAGGAGAAUGAUUAUACCGUGAAAGAAGAGGAGGAAGAGAAACAAGACGAUGCGUUUUUUGGAGUGAAAGAGGAGAAAGAUUUUACCGUGAAAGAAGAGGUUGAAGAGAAACAAGACGAUGCGUUGUUUGGAGUGAAAGAGGAGGCGGCCAUGACAGUAAAGGUAGAGGAAGACGUUUUUAGAGUGAAAGAGGAGGAGAUGACUGUCUCGUUGGAGGAAGAGGAGACUGGAGAUAUCAUUAACACCAGAAAGAGAACAGACUUUCAUUCUGACAGUGGGAAGAGUCCUUCAGAGGAACCAGAGACAUCCAACCCAGCAAGGCGACACUGCUGCUCCCAGUGUGGAAAGAGUUUAACUCAGUUAGGGAACUUGAAAAUACAUGAACGAAUACACACAGGAGAAAAGCCUUACCAAUGCUCCCAGUGUGGGAAGCGUUUUACCCUGUCAGGACACCUAAAAGUGCAUGAAAGAACACACACAGGUGAGAAGCAUUUAGCAAGACCACACCACUGUUCCCACUGUGGAAAGCAUUUUACUCAGUUAGGGAACUUAAAAAUACAUGAACGAAUACACACAGGAGAAAAGCCUUACCAAUGCUCCCAUUGUGGGAAGCGUUUUACCCAGUCAGGGUACUUGAGAACCCAUACGAGGACACACACAAGAGAGAAACCCUACAAAUGCUCCCAGUGUGGAAAGAGUUUUACCCAGUCAGGACACUUGAAAGAACAUAAGAGAACACACACAGGGGAGAAUCCUUACCAAUGCUCCCAGUGUGGGAAGCGUUUUACCCUGUCAAGUCACCUAAAAGUGCAUGAAAGAACACACACGGGGGAGAAGCCUUACAAAUGCGCCCAGUGUGGAAAGAGCUUUACCACAUUAGUUCAAUUGAAAGAACACAAAAGUAAACACACAGGGGAGAAGCCGUUCCACUGCUCCCAGUGUAGAACAAGUUUUACACAAUCAGGAGGCCUAAAAAUACACAUGAGAAUACACACAAAAGAGAAACCCUACCAAUGCUCCCAGUGUGGAAAGCGUUUUGCCCGGUCAGGGCACAUGAAAGAACAUAAGAGAACACACACCGGGGAGAAGCCUUACCAAUGCUCCCAGUGUGGGAAGAGUUUCACCCUGUCAGGGCACUUAAAAGUGCAUGAAAGAACACACACAGGGGAGAAGCCCUACCAAUGCUCUCUGUGUGGAAAAUGUUUUACCACAUCACAGAAUCUUAAAGUACAUGAGAGAAUACACACGAGAUAGAAUCUUUACCACUACUUCCAGUGUGGAAAUUGAUAUUUCACAUCACAUGAAGAGGGAGUGGUUACAGAAUUGAUUGGACAACACCUAGUAAGAAAUACUAUACACGUUAAACAUGUGAAAUACUGUAGAUAUGUUAUUUAAAAAAUGCAACUCGAAGCUAGAAGCAUCAGAGUGCCUAGAAAGGUAGUUCUAACCUUUAAAUAUGACUGGGCAAAGUCAUUAGUUCUAACCUUUAAAUAUGACUGGGCAAAGUCAUUAGUUCUACCCUUAAAUAUGACUGGGCAAAGUCAUUAGUUCUAACCUUUAAAUAUGACUGGGCAAAGUCAUUAGUUCUACCCUUAAAUAUGACUGGGCAAAGUCAUUAGUUCUACCCUUAAAUAUGACUGGGCAAAGUCAUUAGUUCUACCCUUAAAUAUGACUGGGCAAAGUCAUUAGUUCCGCCCUUAAAUAUGACUGGGCAAA